ACACAAACAUCUACGAUGACUACAACAAGUACACUUGUUAGCACUUCGGAAGGAACUUCCACUAUCAACGUGUCUUCAAGUCAUUCUACAAUUGCCACAACAGAAGGAACCAGCACGACCACCAGUAGCUUGAGAACUACAAUGCAGCCCACAACAUCUGCAGAAUUGACACCAGCAGGCCAAAGUACCAUAUUUUCCACGGUAAAUCCAAGUACAGAGCAAACCACUAUGGCGUCCACUGCUGGAAAGACAACUUUGCCUGCUACGACAACCGCGCAUAAAAGCACAGUAGAACCGACAUCACAAACAUCCACAAGGAUGGAUGAAACAAGCACAUUUGCAAGCUCUUCAGAAAGUUCUUCCACUGUUAUGCAGUCUACUGUACAGCAGUCAACUGUACCUGGUACGACAACGGCACAUACUGCCACGGUAGAACCGACGACACAAGUAUCUACAACGAUGAGUAAAAGAAGCACAUUUUCUAGCUCAUCAGAAGCCCCUUCAACCAUUAUCCAGUCUACCGUCGAACAGACAACGCUGCCUGCUACGACCACGGUGCCUACUACCACAGUAGAACCUACUACAGAAAAACCUACCACCGACUUAACUUCCACUGUUUUCACGUCUACGGGUCAUUCCACAAUUGCAACAACGGAAGAAAUCAGCUCGACCACCAGCAGUUCGAUAACUUCAUUCCCACCGACAACGCUUGUAGGUUCGACAAGAGCAGGCCAAAGUACGACCGCACAAAGAACCAUAUUUUCUACAGUACAUCCAAGUACAGAGGAAACCACUUUGAUGUCUACUGCUGAAGAGACGACUUUUCCUGUUACUACCGCGGUGUUUACUACCACAGGAGAACCGACUACACAAACAUCUACAACAAUGAGUGUAACAAGUACAUUUGCAAGCUCCCCGGAAGGACCUUCUACUGUUACCCAGUCUACAGAUCAUUCCACAAUCGCAACAACAGAAGGAAUCAGCUCCACCACAACCAGUCCAAAAUCUUCAGUCCAGUCGACAACAAUUGCAGAAACCACACUGGCAGGCCAAAGAACGACAACCCAAAAGACUACAUUUUCUACAGUGAAGGCAAGCACAGAGCAAAGCACUUUGACUUCUACUGUUAAAGAGACAACUGUAUCGGCUAGCACAGUAGAACCAACAUCUACAAUGAUGGGUGCAACAAGUACCUUUGUGAGCUCUUCUGAAGGCCAAGGAAUCAGCUCAACCACCAGCGGACCAAGUACUACAAUCCAGCCAACAACAUUUGUAGGAUCGACACUAGCAGGCCGCCCAACAAGUACAGCCGCCCAAAAGACCACAUUUUCUACAGCGAAGCCAAGUACAGAGCGAAGCCUCUUGAUGUCUACUCUUGAAGAAACAACAGUACAUCCUACGACAACGGUGCAGACUAGCACACACGGAUCUUCUGUUCCAACAUCUACAACGCAAAGUGCCACGAGCACAUUUGCCAGCACUUUGGUAGGUCAUUCAACUGUUGGCCAAUCUACAGCACAUUUCUCAACAGAAGGAAUCCCUUCGACCGUUAGCAGCUCGAGAACAACGAUCCAGCCAACUGUGUCUGCCACGACCACAAUACAGCCUACCACACCUGGUAGCACUUUGCAAACGUUUGGCGCUACCACCGAAAGCAGCAGUCUCAUAUCGAGCAAAGCCACCACAGAAACAACCUCGCCGACAAGUCCCUUACAAACAACUGACAUUACACUCUUGACAACGACACAAGCUUCAUUGUCUACAAUGGGCAUGAGAAGUUCGACAUCCAAUUACUAUACAACACCACUUUCGACUACCACUGAAAUGGGCACAACUUUCUGGACACGACCAACUUCGAGUGCAAAAACAACGACAGUGUCUGGUACAGAGCAAACUUCGGGAAGGAGUACUCUGGUGACAACUAGUUGGGCACCAUCCACUGAGCUGACCACUGCGGCCCCGACAUCUACACAACUCCCGACUAUUGAGCCAACAGCAGCUACCACUGGAAUUGCACCAACAACGGCACAAGAGCUACUAACAUCUACUCUGACAGAAACAACAGAGCUAACGUCUGCCAGACCCAGCACCGUUGCAGAUCAAGUGAGAACGGUCUCCACGUCUGCUGUUUCUUCUGUUACAAGUCAGACAUCUCCGACAUCGGCCUUUCAGGAGGCCACAAGCAGAGCGCCAUCUACGUCUCUUCCAGCGACACUCGUGCCGUCUACUGCACCCUUCACAACAACGCAACUUCCCACGACAGCACAAACUACAUCUGUCACUGACAUUCCGCCGACAACAACGGAAGCAUUGCUAACAUCUACUAUAACAGAGACAACAGGGAGAACAUCUGUCAGACGCAGCACUGAUGCUGACCAGGGGACAACGGUCUACACGUCUGGUUUUCCCUCCACAGCUCAGGUAUCACAAGAAACAAGUUCGAAGGCAGUAUCCACCAUCCUGUCCACCACAACGCCAACAUCUACUGUACCCUUGAAAACAACACAACAUUCAACGGAAGCAGGACAAACAUCUACCCAAGAAAUUCUGCCAACAACAGCCGAAGACAUAGAGUUUCUCCCAACAACAAACGAAGGGCAAGAAACAGAAUUGCCUCCAACAACCGCACCAGCGACAACAUCAGGCAGACGCAGUACCGAUGCUGGCCGAGGGACAACUCUUUCCACGUCUGGUGUUUCCUCCACUAGCCAGGUUAUAACUACGUCUACCACUGAAAGUGCACCAACAACGGCCGAAGGACUAGUCACUUCUACUUCAUCGGAGACAACAGCGAGACCAUCUGAGAAACACACCACCGAUGCAGAGCGAGCGACCACAGUCACCACUCCUGGCGUUUCCCCCACUACUCAGGUAACGUUACUCAAAACAAGCACUCUAUCUAGCACAUUGCAACAUACUAGCAAUAAACAUACAUCAUCACAAUCAACCCUGCAUCCAGCAUCUACUACAGGACGUACUAUGGAACCAGAAACAACAGCUGUGUCGUCUGCACAGCCAGAAACAACAAUUGUGUCAUCUACGCAGCCAGAAUGCAACAACUGUGUCGUCUACACAGCCAGAAUCACCUUUUCUAACAUAACACAGCCAGAAACAACAGCUGUGUCAUUUACACAGCCAGAAACAACAGCUGUGUCAUCUACACAGUCAGAAACAACAACGUUGUCAUCUACACAGCCAGAAACAACAAAUGUGUCAUCUACACAGCCAGAAACAACAACUGUGUCGUCUACACAGCCAGAAACAACAACUGUGUCGUUCACACAGCCAGAAACAACCACUGUGUCAUCUACACAGCCAGAAAGAACAACUGUGUCAUCUACACAGCCAGAAACAACAACUGUGUCAUCUACACAGCCAGAAACAACAAAUGUGUCAUCUACACUGCCAGAAACAACAAAUGUGUCAUCUACACAGCCAGAAACAACAACUGUGUCAUCUAGACAGCCAGAAACAACAACUGUGUCAUCUACACUGCCAGAAACAACAACUGUGUCAUCUACACAGCUAGAAACAACAACUGUGUCAUCUACACAGCCAGAAACAACAACUGUGUCAUCUACACAGCCAGAAACAACAAAAAGUACGCCUGCAGGAUUUGUGACGUCGACUACAACAGAAACAGCAGCAAAGUCAUCUGCUAAAUACACCACCGACGUCGGUGGAGUGACAACGAUGUCCACACCUGGCAUUUCUACGACCACAGGUCAGCUAUCUAGGACGACUACUCGGUCUGGUACGUCACAAGAAACAACAACCAAACAGACGACAGAACAGACAUCACCAUCGUCAACAUUCAGCAUCACUGUUACCGAUGCACCAUCAACAGUUGCAUCGAGUCGUCAGCAGGAAUCUACUCUUAUAGACACAAGCAACAUUUCAACAGAGAUGCAGGAGACGACUACUACUCAACAUUUUACAAGCCUUCAGAGUUCUAUUGCGACAUCGCUUGUGUCUACAAGUGAAACGAGCCGUCAAACCACACCACAAAGCAUUCUCACAACAGAUUUGCCGCCUGCUACAACAACACAGACAACAACACCCGCGCAGUCUUCUGUCGCAGGUCUGACAUCUACAACUAGUGUACCUCUGACAACCUCGCAACGACCUUACUACACGACCUCCAAAACACCAUCGGUUAUAUCAACUACUGACAAGAAAUCUACUGUCAAAGGACUACCCACGUCUACUUUGACAACGACGCUCGCACAGUCUUCUGUCGCAGGUCUGACAUCUACAACUAGUGUACCUCUGACAACCUCGCAACGACCUUACUAUACGACCUCCAAAACAUCAUCGAUUAUAUCAACUACUGACAAGAAAUCUACUGUCGAAGGACUACCCACUUCUACUUUGACAGAAGCAACAUCCAGAAGAUCUUUCUCAACGUCUAAACAACGGUCAACAGUACGGAAAAGCACGGCAGCUACAACAGAAGCAUCCACACUUUUCACCACGACAUUUCCUCCAAAAACGACUGACAAAUCUGCUUCUACGACGCUCGGAAAGUCUACACAGUCUACACUAGAAGACGAAACAAGCACACACCAAACCACUGUGACAUCAGCAAAAACGACUUAUCGAAGUACAACGAAUCUGGAUGCUCCACAAGAAACGACAGUUUUCCUAGAAACCUCUACUGCUGUCCCUGCAACUGAAAUAACCUCUACUAUAGAUGUAAGCACUUCCACCAUUGCAACAACAAUUACUACUCCAGCAACAACAAUGCCGACGUCAACUUCACCUUCAAAAUUGGAAACAACCGAAAAGACUUCAACUGAUAACAAACGUUCAACGACGUCUCCGACUUCAAUGACGACACCAACAACACUGGCCUGCAUCGAUGGCCAGUAUGGAGCUUGGAGCGAGUGGUCAAACUGUUCGGCGUACUGCGGACUAGGCUUCCAGUCCCGAACACGACAGUGCAACAACCCUCCCCCUUCUAGCUGCGGCCGCUAUUGUAUCGGCCAGGGCACAGAAAUCAAGAACUGCCAAAACAAGGAGUGCGUGGAAGGAUACAUCAACUGGUGUUCUGACGAGGAAGACCGAUGUGGCCAAGUGUCCCACGGUGGCAUUUGCUCUCUACUGGAAGACGACUAUCUAUGUUCUUGCCAGCCUGGAUGGUCUAUCCACCGCAGCACCAACGGCACUUUCCUACAUUGCCAUGACAUAGAGGAGUGCGAGUCAGGCCGUCACGAUUGCGACCCUGUCGCGAUCUGUACCAACACGUUAGGCGGCUACACGUGCGAGUGUCCUUCCGGCUACAUCGGCAGCGGAACGUACUGCAGAGAUGUAGAUGAAUGUGCUACAUCCGAUGCUACCAACUGUGAUGACAACGCCUAUUGCCAGAACCUCGCGGGGGGCUUUACCUGUGUGUGUGAAUAUGGGUUCAAGUCUUCUGUGGAGGAGGGGACCGGAUUCACUGGACAGUGUAUAGAGGACCGGUUCUACCCAUUCGGUGAGGAUCAGAACGACCUCCGGCUGACAGCUUCAUCGUCGCAGAGGCGGCAAUCCCUGAGCAGGAGCGGCCACCAUCUUGUCAUGGAGGAGGCCUCGUCCUCCCUGAUCGGCAUAGAGAACGGCAUCCCGCUCUUCGGAGGCAUUAUCUGCAACUCUGUCUAUGUUUCAGAAAAUGGCCUGCUGGUCAUCACAUCUACCAGGGCAGAGGAGCAGGAAUACAUCAACGAGUACCUGACCUUCAGACACCCUGAGUCUAUGGACACCGUGCUGGAGUCCAACAGAACGAAUGUCUGUGGGGUCCUGGCUGCCUUCUGGUCCAACAACAGAUUCAGAGGUCUACAGACCAACCAGGCCCCUAAGAUCUGGUACCAAGCCUACACCAACACCAGCGGAGACAUCCUCCAGAGAAGCAGCCAGGACGUGACUCGGUACUUUCCCGGAACGUCGGACUACAGAGCCACGUUCACACUGGUGGCCACCUGGGAGGACAUGGUGCCAGAUUGGGAGACUGAGGACGGAGAGACCAACACCUUCCAAGCGGUUCUGACGACAGACAGUGUGAACACCUUCGUCUGGUACGCGUACAAAGAUGGCGGCAUGACCUGGGUACCCAACUACUUGCCUGACGUCAUCCAGUUUGACGGUUAUCCUGCGAGAGUUGGUUACGCCGUUAGAAACAGCUACACAUCCGAGGAAGACCACAACUCCGCUCAAUGGGCUUGGGUGUCUUCUGAGGAAAACGUAUACCGCAUCGACCAGAAGGUUUCCAUGACAACCAACAUGACAGGCCGGAUCGCGUACAGACUGGAGAACAACGGUCCUGAGUUCGUCAAUCCGGUCAAAGCCUGCCGCGACUGGCACAACGAAGAGCCAGACCCUACUUCCUGGGCAAGCGAGGUGAUGCACACCUGUCCCGGUUACCUGUCCCAGGCCCGAGAGGAGAUCGGGCUGUGGGAGGUCAAUAGCUCGGACAACGGACACGUCUGCUUCCAGCGGCGCUUCGCCCUGUCCUCCGGCGGCAACCUGGACUGUUGCUACAAGAAGGAGAACCAGGGGCUGAUCAUCAGCCUGCACAUGUGGGACAAGGGCACCGGCUUUGUGCACAGAUACGAAAAGUCCACCAACCAGACCAGCCCAUACUACCGACGGGACUACCUACCCCGGAUGUGGUGUUGCCAUCGCUCCCGGUCAGACAAAUGUUGCGAGCUGUACGCAGAGAAGCGACCACCUGCUUCCUUCCGAAACUACACAGCAAGCUUCCUUGCGACGGCCUACGGUGAGCCCCACAUCAGAACACUUGACGGCCGAACGUACACCUUUAACGGCCACGGCGAGUACGUGAUGCUGCGGAGCACCUCCGCCGCGCCGCACGCCUUCGUGAUGCAGGGGCGCACAGACAGACCCGUCAUGGACGGGAUUAGAAUCAGGGCCACGGUCUUCACUGCCAUUGCGGUACAGCAGCCCAACAACAAGGUGCAAGUCUAUCUGGACAGUAACGGCACCGGCGUCGAGGUCACCAUCGAUGACGAGAACAUCCCACUGGCUGCGAUCGCCGACGGCAGUCGGACCAAGUUCAACGACGGACUGAUCACCGUUAUCUAUGAUGCCGGUAAAAGUUCCAUCUGCGGCGUGGUGAUCAGUUACCCGUCAGGCAUUUCGGCCUCCAUCAAGGCGCAGGCCGGUCUGCUGACCUUUGUCCUCGGCCUUGGCGCGGACAUGCGCGGCAAUCUGCAAGGCCUGCUGGGUAACCUCAACGGGGACCCGGAUGACGAUUUUAUCCUGCCGAAUGGAUCCUACGUCCAUGCGGCAAAACCUGAUAAUCCGACGGAAAAGGAACUGUAUUACAACUUUGGCAAGAUGUGGUCGCUUCGAAGCGUCUGCCUCUGCGACCACACCGACGUCAACAACGUCACCCUUUUCCACAACUACCCGGAGGACCCGUCCGACAACUCGCCGGAAAACUACGGUGAUGACGACUUUGUGCCGAAGUUUUUCGACGAUGUCGAUCUCUUUCCCAACGAAGAGACGAGGAAGAUGGCAAUAUCCACCUGUGGGGCAGAAAACAGGGAGUGUAUCUAUGACAUUGCCCUGACGAGUCAGGUUGACAUCGGACUCGGCACCACGCAGUCGGAGACGGAGUACCGGACGUCUAACGAAAUCCUGAGGAACAGCGCGCCGGAGGUGUUCGCACCAACGGAGAUCCGCGCCUUCGUCAAUAAAACAUACACCACCUCCGUACGCGGCAUGGACGCCUGUCCGUAUGUCGACAUUGCCGUUUCUGGGGUCGGGAAGAUGAUUAAAACCGGAAACUACAGCGCCGACUUCAGCUGGACACCAAUAAGCGCGGCGUUUGUCGCCAUCGAGUUCACCGUAACCGACGACAUGGGGGCCUCGAGCAUCAGUGUCCCGGACGUCACCGUCUGCGCAUGUCAAAAUGGCGGCACCUGCGAUUUCGACGGCGUCACGGACAGAGUGGAGGGCUUCGCGCUCGCUGUUUGUGUCUGUCCGACGGGAUUCUCAGGAGCAACCUGCCAAACAGACGUAGACGCCUGCGAAGGGAACCCUUGCUUUCAAGGAGUGGAGUGCACGGACCAACCCGCGCCACUCGCCCCGGGACAGCCUGGCUACACCUGCGGGGCCUGCCCCUUCGACAUGGUGGGCAACGGCGAAUCAUGUGCAGAUUUGAACGAGUGUAUGCUUGAUGUAUCGGACCCCCGCGCCCACCGGUGUGUGAACGCUGACUGUGUGAACACCCCCGGCAGCUACUCCUGCGUGUGUCACGACGGCUUCGCCAAGGAAGGGGACUCACAUACCUGCACUGACAUCGAUGAAUGUCGCAGCUUGAACACCAACGACUGCGACCCGCUUCACGGGAUCUGUACCAACACCCCUGGAUCCUACAACUGCUCCUGCCAGACCGGUUGCUACACCACCGACAACGGGAGAACCUGCGAAGAUCUAAACGAGUGUAUGACCGGGAAUGGCGGCUGUGAGCGGUUGUGCGUCAACACCAAGGGAAGCUACUACUGCCAGUGCGGGGUCGCCUACGUGUUGACAGAGGACGGGCACUCGUGCGAAGAACUAGAUGAGUGCGCGGCAGAGCAUGUCUGUGAGCAGAUGUGCGUAGACAAAGUGGGUUACUACGACUGUUCCUGUGGCGACCUGUUCACUCUGAACCUGGAUGGAACCACGUGUGAACCCAUCAUCAACUGCUCUACCGACAACCCCUGCGCCCCGCCUCCCAUCGGCCAUUGCGCGAUAAACAUGACGACCUCGGGUGACACGGAGGAGGUCUGUGGCUGUGCCGCUGGGUACCACAUCCUGGCUAACAACACGUGCGCAGACAUCAACGAAUGCGAGAACGGGCACAAGUGCGACGAGCACGGAGACUGCGUUAACACCGAAGGCAGUUACGAGUGCUCCUGUCAUCCGGGGUACAAGCUCGACAAGGAUCAUGGGAAACGUCAUUGUCGAAAUAUCGACGAAUGCGCCAUUGACAACGGCAACUGUACGCACCUCUGUGUGGACACCCCUGGAUCCUUCUACUGCGCAUGUCCGCUGGGCAUGGUCCUGGACAAGGACAUGUGCACUUGCCUAGAUAUAGACGAAUGCACCGAAAACCUUGCGAAGUGUUCUGUGAACGCCUACUGUAACAACACCAGCCCGGGGUAUGACUGCAUAUGUAAUACAGGCUACUCUGGAGAUGGCAUCAUGUGUGGAGAUAUCAACGAAUGUCUCUACCAGGACAUCCACAACGUUCGGUGCAAGGUCGGCUGCCUGAAUACCAUUGGUUCAUUUGUUUGCACGUGUUCCAUUGGCUGGCAGCUAGCCAAUGACAGCAUUUCCUGCAUAGAUAUGGACGAGUGUCUGCUUGGCGUGGACAGGUGCAAUCACAACUGUCACAACACACCUGGCUCCUACACCUGUUCCUGUCGGCAGGGUUACCUGUUAGGACCGGACGGACACACCUGUCUAUCUCUCUCCUCAACACUAACAACAACAACACCAUCCGUCGCGAAAAGUCGACAACCAAUAGUGCCUUUACCACCAAGCACUACUAGUAGCGACAAGCCUAGUACAACGACAACGCAAACAUCACCCAAGACAACUGAAUCAUCUUCACAACCGCCUCCCACCACCCUGACGGCAGCUUGCCCAGAAGGCUGUGGUAGCGGAGGGCGGUGCCAGUUUGUGAACGGCACUUCUGCUUGUGUCUGUGACGAAGGAUUCCAACUGACCAACGGAACAUGUGUCGCGGCGUACAUCCCAGACAAGACAGGGGUACUUCUGCCUGCAGUUGCCCUUUCCAUCGGCAUCCCUCUGCUGUGCGUGCUUUGUGCUUGCCUCGCCGCCUACAGACGCAAGCUGAAGAAAGUGAAGUACUACACAGUUGAUGGUGCGAGCACCACCAGUGGAGGACGUUGGAUCUGGCUCCCCAAAUGGGAACAGGCCUCUAGCAGCGGGUACUUCACUUGGACCCAGAACACACCAAACAGCGGCUCGACCAACAGCAUCUACAACAGCAACGACUUUCCAUGGACCUACAGCACGCCGAACCAAAGCUCACAAAACAGCGAUAAGAACAGCAACAGCUUUCCCUGGACGUACAGCACGCCAGACCAGAGCUCCAAGAGCAGCGACAUGAACAGUAACGAGUUUGCCUGGACGUUCUGGAAAACAGACCGCGAAAGGAACAGCAACGCCUUUCCGUGGACAUUCUGGAAAACCAGUCAGAGCUCUGAGAACAGCACCAAGGACAGCAACGAUUUUCCAUGGACGUACAGUAAGCCAAACCAGAACUCUAACAGCAGCGACAGUAAAAGCAACGACUAUCCAUGGACGUACAGCAAACCGAACAACAGCAGUUCUGACAACAGCGACAGGUACAGCAAACGGAACAGCAGCUCUAGCAACAGCGACAGCAAUGACUCUCCAUGGACGGACAGCAAACCAGACUGUAACUCAACCAGUAGCGAUACGCAAGACCACGACCUUCCGGGUCUGAACAGGUAUUUGCCGUACCCGAACUCGUACCGGAGCUUGCGCAGCCUCAGCAGCGGCAGCCUGACCCGGCGCUCCGUGUCCAGUCGACUGACCGGCACCCUUAGCGACAUGUCCAGCAUGACGAGUCUGGGCAGCUUCUAUCGGUACGACUCCCCCGGCUCUCCCGCGUGCGAACCCGCCGCGUGUCCGAAGGAGGAGGAUCCGGAGGCAUUGAAGGAACAUGACAACAUCUUUGGAUCGGACACAAAGUUUUCCAUCCAGCGACCGAAAUUCAUCGAUCCCAGUGCUUUUAAAGAGGACUGAAGAUUUACCGAUCUACUAAAGAAACAACUUCGGACUGAUUAGAUCACUGAAGUCGACCAAACAUGACGUAGACAAUUCAUCUUAAAAACUUCUCCAAGGUCGAUUCUUUAUCCUUGAUAUCAGAUGACGAAGUAGUAAUUGCGAAGAAACCUACGAAGAUGCGUUUUUUCUUCACAAAAUCUAUUUGUAACGGUAUCAUGUGAAAUGAUUAUGGAAUUAUGAAAGUGAUUAUGUAAAAAGGAAAUCAGGUAACAAAUGCCAUUGAAAAUGGAUUUUAUUGUAAAUCGAAAGUUUGUAAAGUUACCGUCAAUAGGCAAAGCAUGAAAUGUACAAUUAUAUUUACAAUUCAAUGUUUGUCGAAUGCAAAACAGUUUCCACACAGAAUAGUUAAUGUAGAUCAUACUAAACAUAUUAUUGUAAAAAUGUACGUUUAAGAAAUAUAUGGACCUAAAAGGUUUAAUUUGUCCAUUCUGUAUUGUAAAGAGCUAUUAGAAAUAAAGUUAUUAUCACCAUUA